UAGGAACUAACGGGAUUUGUUUUUAGUGCGUGUUUCUCUCUGGGAAGUAAAGCCAAGCAAGGUUGGAUAGCUCUUCCUGUCACAAAGUCGGCGGUUCCUACGUUGUUUUUUUAAGUUUUUUUUGAUGUUGUGAUGAAGCCCGUCUCAUUGUGUGCUUCUGAUAACACCGUAAGUAUGGAUACUCACGCUCAAAGGGAUGCUGGGUUUCCUGCGAGAGCGCCGCAAAGUUGCGGUCAGACGCCGUUAUUGGAGAUUUAGCUAGCUAGGUUUACUAAUGCGGACUGCUUAGCCCUGAAAACUUGUCGUAAAACACUGGUUGGUUGGUUGGCUGGCUGGACUGAAUGCUCCUUUUCCUGCUAUUCUUCUCCGCUUAGCAGCGCUUCCUGCUUGUGGUGACCACUGCACUUAAGGCUAAAAAUACAUUUAAAAAAAAAAGAAAUACCCUCCAAAUGGACAGCUGAAUGUACCUAGUGGCGACGGUCAUUUGUAAUACUGGUGUUUUACACGACAAGCUUUGGAUAGGCUACUUUUUAUUUGUGUCCUUACACUUAAUUUUUUUUAGUUUUUUUUUUAUACUCUCAAACUCAACAGGUGGCAGUUUUGAAUGAGCAAGGGAAGAGCUCAUUUACCCACGAUGCGGUGAUUCAAGAGCCUCUUUUAAAACACAGGCCAAUGGGCUCAAACCAUGUUGGGGAGACCACACAUCACUUGAACAGAGACAUUCCCUUUUAGACAGCGCUGCCUUUCUGAGCUUUUGAGCCCCUUCUCGUUAUCGCACCAAAUCAACCUCUCUAACUCCUUCUGUAUUUUUCAAAGCGGAGAGCUUUGCAUGUGAUGUCCAGACGAAUGAAAGACACCUACCAUUCAGUUCUAUUUGAAUCCUCUCCUGCAGCCCGCUUGUUGGUCAAGCUCUUGAACUACAUUUCACUGGUCCCUGAUGAACCAACAAGAAAGACAGGAAAGGGAGCGAGGCGCGAUAAAGUACUCCUUUGUACUUUAUUUUCAAACCCUUUGGGUGCAAAAUCAGAUCCAGUCUAAACAUCUGCUUGAGGCUCCAUGGAGCCGCUGAAGAACAUAUUCAGUCGUGGCCCACUGUCCAACUGGAAAAACUUGGAUCAAUCGCAGAAAGGGAACUUCACCAACCCUGUGUGGACCGCCUUAUUCGACUAUGAGGCGUCCUGUAAAGACGAGCUCACCUUGCGUAAGGGGGACCUGGUGGAAGUCCUGUCUCUGGACUCUGAGAUAUCCGGGGAUGAGGGCUGGUGGGCGGGUAAAGUCAACAACAAGGUGGGCAUCUUCCCGUCCAACUACGGCUCCUUCAAGCCAAAUGGAUACGGCAAGCUUCCGGGCAGCACCGUUGUCGCCGAGCUCAACCCGGCCGUGGUGGGCGAGUUUGAACCCGACGUGCUGGAUUUCCGGGACCUGAAGCUGGAGGAGGUCAUCGGGGUGGGGGGCUUUGGGAAGGUGUACCGCGGGACGUGGCGAGGCCUGCUGGUGGCCGUGAAGGCGGCCCGGCAAGACCCUGACGAGGAUAUCAGCGUGACGGCGCAGAACGUCAGGCAGGAGGCGCGUUUGUUCGCCAUGCUCACUCACCCGAACAUCAUCGCCCUGAAGGGCGUCUGCCUGCAGGAACCCAACCUGUGCCUCAUCAUGGAGUACGCCUCGGGUGGGGCGCUGAGCCGGGCGCUGGCGGGGCGUCGCAUUCCUCCACACGUCCUGGUCAACUGGGCCGUGCAGAUAGCCAGAGGGAUGUUGUACCUGCACAGCGAGGCCAUCGUUCCCGUCAUCCAUCGGGAUCUCAAGUCCAACAACAUCCUUCUGGCUCAGCCCAUAGAGAAUGAAUGUAUGGAGGGUCUGACGUUGAAGAUCACGGACUUCGGCCUGGCCAGAGAGUGGCACAAGACCACCAAGAUGAGCACGGCCGGCACCUACGCCUGGAUGGCCCCCGAGGUCAUCAAGUCCUCCACCUUCUCCAAAGGCAGCGACGUCUGGAGCUAUGGCGUUCUGCUGUGGGAGCUGCUAACGGGAGAGGCGCCCUACAAAGGGAUUGAUGGACUCGCCGUUGCCUACGGAGUCGCUGUCAACAAGCUCACCCUGCCCAUCCCUUCCACGUGCCCCGAACCCUUCGCUCAGCUCAUGUCAGAGUGCUGGGACCAGGACCCCCACCGCAGACCCAAUUUCAGCUCCAUCCUGGCCCAGCUGACGGCCCUGGAGCAGCAGGUGAAGGAAGAGAUGCCGCAGGAAUCCUUCCACUCCCUGCAGGAGGACUGGAAACUGGAGAUCCAGGACAUGUUUGACGAAAUCCGGGCUAAAGAGAAGGAGCUGCGAUGCCGCGAGGAGGAGCUGAAGCGAGCGGCUCUGGAGCAGAAGUCCCACGAAGAGUUCCUGCGGCAGCGCGAGCAGCAGCUGGCCCAGUGGGAGCAGGACGUGUUUGAGCGCGAGCUCAGCCUCCUCAUCCUCCACCUGAACCAGAACCAGAACCAGGAGAAGCCCAACGUCAAGAAGAGGAAGGGCACCUUCAAGAAGCACAAGCUCAAGUGCAAGAACGGCGAGAAGAUCAGCAUGCCUCAAGAUUUCAUCCAUAAGAUCACAGUGCAGGCUUCCCCAGGCCUGGAGAAGAGGCGGAACUCUCCGGAUUUGGGUUCGGGCUCCUCACCCUCCUUCGGCCCACGCUUCCGUGCAAUCCAACUCAGUCCCAGCGACAACAGCCGGUCGUUUGGCCUGAGCUCGGCCUGGCCCCUAGAGGCCCCUUCUCAUAAACAAACCAACGGAGACCUGAGGUUGGGCCCCCACUGGAGGCCCCAGAGCCCAAAAAGUCCCAAAAGCCCUAAAGUCCUGCGCCUUAGUCCCCAGGAAAGCAGCCUGUCUAUGAGGGCCAAGCUGCUGGAGUCGGACAGCAAUGAGAGGGGGGAAUCCAAGGAUGACUUUGAGGAGUACAGACCUGGCGCACCGACCCCUCCCGCUGCUCAGAACGGCUCGUCAGUGAAGGACAGCCUGCGGCUUCCUCUACCUCAGCGAGACUCGCUCAGCGAGGAUGGGGGUUCCUCCCCGGCUGGCUCCCCCAGGCCCGAGAGAGGUUCCCUCGGCGGCCAAAUAAAGGGCACCCACCGGGCCCUGCUGGGCAGUGGCUCCCUCCUGGCCUCCAUAGGACUAGGACGCUGCCUGGAUAUUCCCCCAAGGGUGCCCCCUCGAACUAACUUCCCUUCCCUAGAGAACCGCACCCCCUCGGAACUAGAGAUCUCCUCUCCUAUGCCCCUCAUUUCAGACCCCCCCGUGGUGGACGAUCUCAUCACCUUCUCCACAUCCGAGCUGCUCCCCAGACCGCUCUUGGAUCUAGCUCUGCAGUACCAGGAACUGAAGCCCUUACCGCUGACGCCGCCACCGCCCAACCCCCGGGAGAGGAGCGGCCACCGGACGCCGCAGGUCCCGCACAGUCCGCAGAGCCCCAGGAGCCCCCCGCGGCACGGCAAGGCCAGCCCAGGGGAAUGGACCCCGUGUUCCCAUUCCACUAACGGGGAGCUGGGCUGUGUAGCCUGGGAGCCUAAAGCCGACAGGAGGAGGAGGUCCAGCCAAGGCCUGCACGCCUCUCAGCUAGUUUUGGACCUGCCCUUGUGCCAAGACACACAGGACUCUGAUGACAAGCCUUCGGUGGCCUCCUCUCUCCACCUCAACCCUGCCCUCUGGAGCCCCAAAUCCCGCCGGCUGGAGGUCAGCGUCAUCCCCCGGCCCCGCCCGUCCCCCAUCCGCCCCCGCAUCGACCCCUGGAGCUUCAUCUCAGCCGGCGGCGGGAACUCAGCCGGCGGCCGCAGCCCCCACCGCUUGGACAGCAACCCUCUGGGCUACCAGCCCUCCCCUACCAACCCUUUCACCAACUGUGACCCCUUCCCCUCACCGGACUGUGACCCCUUCGCCCUGAAGGCUGACCCCUCGUGCGGCUCGGACGCGCCCUCCCCCUUCGACCCCUUCUCGGCUCCCUUCGCCACCUCCCGCUCGGCCCCGUGCUCCACCAACGGCUCGCCCACGCUGCCCUCGUUCCGCAUCGCGCCCCUCAACCUGGCCGACUCGCCCCUCAUCGACCUGGGCUGGGCGGCCUGCGGCAAGCCCCUGGACGGCACCAAAGAGAGAGCCCACCCCCGUAAGACAAUGGGACUCAAGCCCUUCAAGUCCCCGACGCAACUCAGAGACGAUAGGUUCUAAACCUGUGACUUUGGCAAAGCACCGGUUUUUAUCACAGGAACAGAGUCCAGUCCCCUUUCCACUACUAUGUCCUACAUCUAAACAAGGUUUUCGAAUCUUUAUAAAAAAAAAACCUGCACACCCACUAAUGGGAGGUUUCCCCAAUGGGAGCCUCAGUCAUUGCUAACCUAUUUGCACGCCGGCCUGCUGCUUGGGAAAGCUGAAAGCCAGUGAAAGGUGGUACAUUGGACUGUGGGAUAGCUGCCUUUUAAGCCAAUAGCUGGUGUCAAUUUCAUUCUCCCGCUCUAUCUCGGUUUCUCUAUCCCUUUUUGAAGGAGCAGAAUACAGAUCACUAGUCCCAUCUUCAGAUUCUAUCAGACUGCUCAUAUCACCUGCUUUCAUCCCCCCGCCCCCCUUCCCCCCACCCCCUUUCCCCCCACCUUUGAAGCAUUGUGACAAUGCAGAGGUGGAUAAGGUGACUUGCACAGCUUCAUCUGCCUCUACCUCUCUGCAGACUGAAAGCAUUCAGGACAAUGGGAAAUUGGAGUGCCUUAUUUUGGUGAAGUGCUUUUCGUAUACAUACAUAUAUCUUUUCAAGAUUUCUUGAAUGGUUAAUCUGGUGCGUAGGGAAGAUGCUAUGAAUUUGGCAUAAAUUAGCAAAUCAGCUUAUCUUUGCCGUGAAAGAAAAUGUUGUCUGCGUGCGUGUAUGUCUAGACUUGUUGUUCAAGGAAAGCUUACUGUUUUUGCUUUUUUUUUUUUUUUUUUCUUAAACAGCAUCUGCCUGUUGCAUUAUGGGAGAAAGCGCUCAGAGUGGAUUUUCCAGGCCACGUAUGAAAUCCGAGACAAAUCCAUGACCCAGACAUUCCACUUGGAAGCAGAUAAAAUUCCAAUCACAUUCCCCUCUAAAUGCCAGGCAUUGGACACUUUCAUUCGGCUGGCUGGCUGGCAGGCGGCACGGCACAGGAAACCGGAUGGGGGGAGAGCCCUCUGCAUUCCCUUCGUAUGCCAAAGAAUGCCACUGUGGCAGUGUUAAGGGCUGGGGACAAAAAAGUAUUUGCAAAUACAUUGUUUUUACCUCUGUGGAGUGCCGGACGGGCGGGGUCCGCCACACUGGACGUUACAGAGAAAGUCGAGGCGAUCACAGAUAGUAUUUAAACAUAACUCUGAUAUGCUUUUCUUUGGUUAUCUUUUUUAUUAUUAUUAUCCAGGCUGUCUUACCCGUCUGAUACUGCAGGAAGGUAAGACCAAAUACCUUUUUGAGUAUUCACAAAUACUACAAUACAAGUCUGUAUGGAAGCUUCGCUGCUGAAUACUUUAUUUAUUUGUACAGUCCACCAGAGUAGCAGGAGCCUCGCAAAGCCGGCCCGUGAUUUUUGCGGCGUCUCGGACCACAUGCCACUUGCGUUCUUGUUGGGAAACUGCAGAGAUAGCAGAAGGUUAGCUUAGCUUAGCAUAAAGACUGGAAGUAUGGGGAAACAGCCGGCCUGGCUCUUGUCUUUCUAAAAAUUCGCCUUUCAGCUCCUCUCUUACUGAUAAAUCGCAUGUUGUUUCUUUGAUAGCAGUGAUUUCCUGGAGUUGUAUUGUCCCCAUGAGGUGGCCAGUCAGCAGUCUUGUAUAAUAAUAUAAUAAUAGGAAUAUUACUUGAGUAAGUAUGUUAUUAUCUGAUUUUUUUUGUAAAAAAAAACAAAAACUUUGAUUAUGAACAAUUGAGUCUGUUACGUUGGCGGCAGAGCCUGCAGCAGGUGCUUCCAUUAUUAUCCUUCCUCCUCCUCUUUAGUUUUGGAGCUUGGCAGCAAACAGGCAUUACGUCUCCAAUGGGAACGGAGCAUGCGUUGUCUAAUCUAGGAGCAAUGAUUCGCCAAGCCUGCUUUUUGUUUUUGCAUCCUAAUAAAUUUCUUCUGAUUUUAUUUUGUAGUAACGAGUAACGAAAGAUGCUUAGGGCAAAUGUGUCGGAGGCAAAGUAUACGUUUUAUUUAGGAAAUGUACCGGAGUAAAAGUCAACGUUUCCAUAAAUCUAAAUAAUGAAGUAAAAUACAGGUACAAUUCUACUUAAGUACAGUACUUUGUUACAUUACAACAUUGGCAGGCAGGCAACAAAUGGAACCCUAAGAAGUCACUGCUCCCAGCUGAGAAAUAGCCUAGCAUUCAGGGUGGAUUUGUUACCUUUGGACGGAGCCAGGUUAGCCGUUUCAAGUCUUUAUGCUAAGCUAAGCCAACCGUCAAAGCGUCGGUGAUGGGUAGCGUGUGUGAAAACAUUCACUGAUUACUAGCGUAUCUAUUCGGGCUCAGUCAAAGCUGACUUGAGCUUUGUGAGAAGCGGGCUGGCUUUGCGAGACUAGAAUAGCAGGACUUCUAACUCUUGUCCCUCCCAGUUUAUUUAGUUCAAAAUCCAUCCUAAAACCAUUUUGACACCACUGAAAAGGUCUGGGUGGAUCCUGUGGAUAACUGGGAUGUCAUGUUGAGAUACAGCGCAGGAGUUCAUCAUUGAACAAUAAUAUAGGAAGAAAUUCAUCAUAGAGACGCCGAAAUAGCAAUUUUUCCACCAUACAGCAGUCUCAACCGAGCAGAAUGCACUGGAGCAACAAAUCACGGUAAUGUCCGAUUGUUCUACAUACUAGGCACUUUCUUCUGUUUUUUAUUUUUAUUUUUUUUUUAAAUCCUGGAAAUGUAUGACGAGAGGCAGGUUGAGGAAAAGUAGCUGCAUCACAAAAUAACCCUUGGAAUGAGUUUGAUAUCACAGAGAGUAUCCAAUAAUUACCAUCUAAUAUUUAUUUUUUUUAAAUUGGCAGUCGAAUAGAUCUCAAGCAUGUGGUGUUAUUAACAUAAUUGGUGUAGGAGGUCAAGCAUGUAAGCAACUGAAAGAGACCCACUUACACACGGCACAAACGUCCUGUUACCCGUCCUCAACGCGGCUUUUGUUCUGAUGCAGAGUGAAAACCUUGUCUCGUGAGGGGGGGGGGGGAGCUUUGUGAUUAGCCUAAUAAUCCUUCAGACGAACAGAGGCAGAUAGUGAUAAUUAGCCUCUUGAUAAGAGCAGAGAGCGCUAACAAAGCGCUCUGAUAUUCGGUUAAUUAAUUUGCCCCGACGUUCCAAAAAUGCCCCGCGUCCUCCUCGCAAGGUAUAUCGAGUUGCUUCCCACACCAGCUUUCCGUCUCGAUUUUAAGCCAUGGCCUCUUAUUUCUUUUUUUUUUAUUUUAUGCAUACGGUUUCAAUGGCGGGUUGAGCUAUCUUUUCCUCCCUUUUCUUUCUUUUUCUCUAUUGCUACUGGCUGCUCAGCUGCUGAUCAGACGGUCUUACUUUUUUUCUACGUCCUUCGCCUACCCGGCUGUGUGGGAGAUUUUAGUUUUCUUUCUUUCUUCCUACUCCUACUCCUUUGCUUCCCUUCUUGUCUGGAAAGUUUUCUUGAGGGCAGUUUUGUCCUGACACUGCCGAGCGUUCGGUUUAGCACAACAGCCAAAAAAAGGAAACCGCAUUUGUUCCAGCACAGAGUCCAUUAACAGAGGAGUGCUCGUUUUACAGAGGCCAACAACAUUUGUUUGAAAUUGAAACUUUAUUGGAUAUUUCUAUUUCACGUUAAUGUGUCCGUUCAUCAUCUACUGGACAUCCAAGUAAUACUCCAUCCGAUCCGACAACUCAACUUGGACAUGAGCGCUGUGGGUCUUCUUUCCUGGUGUGCAAAAAGUUGUAGGUUUGAUCUAGAAGUGUUCCCUUACCCUCUUUCGCUCUCACCGCAAACACUUUUUCUACAGACGUGACAAGUGAUGUGCUAUUAUUGCCUCAGCUCUUUGUGUCAACACACAAAGCCGCAGGAGCUAUCCUGUGAUAGUCAUUAGACUACAGAUUAUUUCUGCCACAAAUUCCGCGUGUGUCAAGUAUCCACUUCAACCUGCCACUCAUGUCUCAGUCUGCAUGUUCGCUCAGUGCCACGCUUCAAUUUUCCCUCAGACCUGAUGCGGAAAAGCAGAGGUGGAAAGAGUGCAAACGUGUUCUACUUAAGUACAAGUACUGUUACUUUGAUGAGCUUUUACUUAACCCUUGUGUUGUCUUCCUGGGUCAAAAUAAAUGCUUUUUUUUUUAGACAGCUUUUAAAAAGAAUUUCAAGUUUUUGGCGCUUAUUUCAAUGUUUUUGGCAUUUUUUUUUGUAACUUACCACCAGUAUAUUCACCACUAGAACCAACGUAUUAACAUUAGUUUUACACUUGUUUGGAAUUCCUGGUCAAUGAACCUCAUUUAUGUGAAAUUAUCUAUUUUUUGAAAAAAUUAUGAAUGAUUUUGAUUAAAAGUUAAGAUCAGAGGAAUGAAGGUAAUGGAUAAUCACAGAUAUGUCAAAAGUUUA